GGAGCUCUUACUUAAUGAGGGAAUAUCUCAGGAAGGCCUUGGAAGCUGGAGAUGAUCGCAGAACAUAUGGGUACUCGCACAAAAGAAUAUGUCGAAAAACACUACAACAGCGUAUAUACUGAUUCCCGCGAUUGGCCGCUUCCUCAGAUGAAUGUCGAAUUUAACAUCGACCCAGUUCAAUUCCAGGCUCGCAAGCGCAGACGAAUGUCAACCAUGACCACUUCCCUACCUCCACCACCCAAGGUAUCCCCAACCUCCGCUCCUGGGGUACACGAAAUUGGCACCUUCCUCCCUGGCAUGCUCGAGUUUGAACACGAGCUCGAUAACGAAGCGGAGGAUCUUGUGAAGGAUCUAGAAUUCGGAAUUUGCCAUGCAUGAGGCAGUGAUCAGAUUAUGAA